AUGAGCGGCAAGCCGAAGACCCCUGGCACGCUUCGGGGAAUGCGCCGGCGGAAGUCCGGCGUCGCUCGGCCGACUCUCACGACUCCGAUUCUCAAACAGGUAGACGACUGCACGUGGGCCAGGGUCGACGCGGUCGAGCUUGAGGAGGAGGAUCCGGAGGAGGUCAAGCUGCCGGUGUUCAGUUCGCGGGCGUUACCACCCUCGCCACGCACCGCUCCUCCCAGCGAGCGACCGUCUUCGAUGAACGACGCAACGAACACGAAGUGGUGGACAAUUCGACAACCUUCGCCGUUCGUCUCGGCCAGGAAGACGCCCAAUCCGUCCCCGGCGCCGUCAAGGGAGCGCGACGAAAACGAGAUUCCGACGUCGGGUACAGCUGUCGACGAUCUGGCCUCGCCGAGAGUCAACAGUCGUGUGCGCAGACCCGCGCGCUCCGCUCGGACCAGAUGCGAUACUCCCUCGAGGAGCCUCGUGACCGCCGACAUUCUGUGCUCGGAGCCCGCCUUGGGUGCCUCGCCCCGACCGUGCGCGUCUCGAGGGCUGAAGAGGCGGCGCGUCUCGGAACGCGUUGUUGACCAGGAAACUGCCUCGGUGGACAGCCCGGCGAUUCGUGCCGUGAGCCCGGGCGAAGGCAUCCUGUCCCUGCUCCGAAAGGGCGCCGCGAUCGACGCCGCGGCGGCCGAACGAAAGAGAAGCUUACCCCCGGGCUUUUCGGUGCGCGAGGUGACCUCGUUCGACGACGCCGCGCUCCAGACGCUGUCGACGGCGUUUGCCGCCGAGGACCCGAGGGUGGGGAAACUGCCUCGAGGCGGUCCCACGGGCGGGGUCCGAGGCCGGGCGCACGUGCUCGACGACGCGGAAGGUGAAGCGAUCGGGUACACGCUGACGUUCGAGAACGUCGCGCCGCCGUGGGAUAUGGAGAGGAGCCUCGGGCUUCCGCCGAGGCUGGCGCACAUCUUCAUCCUGCGCGGCUGGCGCAGGCGGGGCAUCGGAACUGCGUUUUUCCUCUGGUGGAGAGAAAAGUUUGGCGCCACCGUGAGGCUGUUCGCGGUGGACACCCCGUCGGAGGCGAUGAACAGGGUGUUGGCGAAGGGCAUGUGCGUGCAGACGGCGACGCGGUCAGGGCACAACGCAUCCGCGGUGCAUUUUCACUCCACGGCAAUGGAGAGGACGUAA